UGUGCCCUGUGAGAAAUGGUGUCGAAAGCUCUAGAAUAGCUGCACACCAUGGAGGCGUGUUCCUCCGCUUUGAAAACUGGUGAUGCCAGCAUAAGUCUGGCGGCGUUGCAAACGUACAUCUUGGAAAACAAGGAUAAAUUCCAAUUCGAGCAAACUGAUUCUGUGGUAACUAAUUUUGUUUCUGACGUUUUUCAGUAUCUGGGUAGUGAUAUUGUCUGUCGUGAUGGUCAGCGCUACGGACUGAAUACUUUGCGUAUUCUGACGAGGCAGAAAGCUGGAUUUGGGGAUGUUCUGACACAAGAUGGUGCACUGCGUUUAGUGCGCUUUACUGGUGCAGGCAGUGACAUUCCUGUUGAUGACGCCACAGCUGUCGAAUCUCUGAAGUGUUUAUGCAAUUUGACUUUCCAGCACCACUCAUUCUCGGACAAUAUUGCUGCAUGUGAAGGAGCUGUGGCCCACCUUCUUCAACAAAUCUCCAGUAAGGAUGCUGUGCAUGAUAUUCGCUUCUACAGUACACGACUGGUCUUCCUCAUGUCAGCCGUAAACCAAUCGCUGCGAAGCCCGAUACGGCAAGCCGAUGGACUACACAGACUGUGUGGUGGAUUGCUAGCUGCGUUGGGACUAACAGGAAAUGAAGGUGAUUGUGCUACGAUUGGUGAGCUCUCACAGCAGUGCGGAGACCUUGCAGCAGAGGUUAUGAAGUGUGUUUUCAACAUCAGCAUGGAAGUGUCCAAGGAGCCCACGGAAAAAGAGGUUAAGAGUGUGAUGCUGCUGGUAAAGGUGGCACGCAUUGUGCUGUCUUCUCCCCACCUAAUGGGACCCAAGGAUAUUAACCCACUGCGUUCACAGGUAACCCACAUGCUAAUCAACAUGCCUCCAAAUUGCGACGAUUUGUUCCUACCCAAAACCCAUUCCCAGUUUGGAACGGAUAACACCGUGAUCCAUAAUUGUCGUAAUGUAACAGCUGCCGAGCAGCUCUUACGUCAGCUUGACGAGGAAACUACCGGCCUGUGUUCGUCAAACAUCUCAUCAUCAACGGCCAAUGAUCUUGUCCCGCUGGUCACGGCCAUUGCCAACUGUGCACGUGCUUGUUCAGUUGCUCGGCGGUACUGGCGUCAGAAAGUAUUGCCAACGCUAGGCAAUGUUGUUAGUCGGCCCGACGAAGGUAACAGUCUGAAAGCACGCCUUGUCCGACUCAUGACGUCACCGCACACCAAUCUGGCCGCCACUGUUGCCGAGUUUCUGUUUGUACUCUGCAAGGAGAAUGCUGGCCGGUUUGUCAAGUACACUGGAUAUGGCAAUGCUGCUGGACUGUUGCUACAGCGUGGUAUGCUUGGAGGUGGCAGAGGAGAGCAAACCGCUGACUAUUCGUCCGACUCUGACGAUUCCGACACGGAAGAGUAUAGAGAGAGCAAGGUCAACGUCAUGACAGGAGGGCCAGAACCUGAGGACCAGGUUGAUCCAUUGGCCGGAAUGACAGAAGAGGAGAAGGAAGCUGAAGCCGAGAGGCUGGGCGAGCUGAUGACUAAGCUAGAAAAUACAGGCGUGAUGAAGGUGAUGAGGGUCGGUGGUACUCCGUCUUCGGCCGGUGCACCUGACGCUAGUCCAGCAACAGCAGGUGCAACAGACAGCACUGAAACUGCUUCUGAACCUGCUUGUGCAUAAGUCCAGCCAGUGUUUCAGUACUUAAAAAAAAUGACUAAUUGUAGGAGUAUAGCAUACUAUUGUGCAUAGUUCGAUCGAGUCAAAACUUCUGAAGUGAUAACAUGGACAGAAACAAAAGUUACAAUUGUUUAUUUCAAGUACAUUAUUAGGUUUUUAUUCCAAAAUAAACAC